UAUGGAAUUGACAUGGGAAGUAACACAAAAAUCAAAUGUGUUUUUUGUGAUAUGACAUAUAAUGGCGGAAUAUUUCGUCACAAGAAGCAUCUUAUUGGUGGUUAUAAAGAUGUUAAAGUGUGUCCAAAGGUCCCGAAUAGUGUGAAGGAAGGAAUAAGAGAGUAUUUUACGAAAAAAAUGAAUUUAAAACUCAAAUGAAUCUUGAAGCAUCCAUGGUUAAUCUUGUUGAUGAUGAUGAAAUGGAUGAUGAAGUUGAAGUGAAUAUGCCAAUGGGGCCUCCCUCAAAAAAGAAACCUUCAACUAGUGAAAGUGGGUCAUCCACCGCUAGCAAUUUCAAAGGUCCUCUUAAUCUCUAUUUCUCGCAAAAACCAAAUGAAAAGAGAAAAGGUGGACCUAUUGAUCUAGAGGCUUCUAGCAAGAUUUUACGGGAUCGUGUUGUAUCUACUUUUGCUAGGUGGAUGUACGAUGCAAGAUUGUCUUUCAAUUGUGUUAACUACACCGAAAGUUUUGGUGAAUUCAUUGAGGCAGUAGGCCAAUAUGGCCCUGGAAUGAAGCCCCCCACCUAUCAUGAGGUAAGAGAUCCUUGUUUAAAAAAAGAGGUGGAAAAGACAAACAAAAUUGUAGAAGAUCAUAAGGUUCAAUGGAAAACGUAUGGUUGUUCCAUUAUGAUGGAUAAAUGGAUAGCAAGGAAUGGGAAAAUGAUCAUCAAUGUUUUGGUGAAUUCUCCAAAAGAGAAUGUGUUCCUUGAAUCUCAUGAUGCUAGUGACUCUUCUACUGAUUCUAAUAAGAUGUUUAACUUAUUUGAGAAGACUAUCUUGAAAAUAGGCAAGGAAAAUGUGGUACAAGUUGUGACUGACAAUGCAAGUGAGAACAAAAAAGCGGGUGACAUGUUGAAGGGAUGUUCCCGCAUAUUUUCUGGACUCCUUGUGCUACUCACUAUAUCAACUUGAUGUUUGGUAACAUUUUCGAAGAGGCCCCGUAUUCUACAGAUGAACUUGAGUCUUGAUAUUUAAUGUUCUUUUUUAAUCUUCAUGUUAGUUUUCUUACUUAUUAACUAUUAAAUUUUUUUGAAUAGUUUUUGGUAAGGCUGAUACUUUCUUAUAUCAGUCAAAGGGCAUUGUUGUUGAAUAUGAUGAGGAGAUACACAAAGCAAAGAAACUUGGUAAAACCUGCUAAGAUAAGAUUCGCAACAGAUUUUUUGACAUUGCAUAAUUUUUAUAUGCAAAAGAAAAAUCUAAGAACCUUGUUUAUGUCCACUGAAUGGAAUGAAAGUGUCUAUGCAAAGGAAACUCUUGGGAAAGAAGCUGAGAGACACAUCAUUAGUCCAUAUUUUUGAAAUGAAACUGUUCAAGCACUUAGAGUUGGUGGUCCUUUAGUUAAUGUACUUCGUAUGGUGGAUGGAGAGAAAAAACCACCAAUAGGCUACAUUUAUGAAGCCAUGGAUGGGGCCAAAGAAAGCAUUGAAAAGGCAUUCAAUUAUGAUGAAAGAAAAUAUAUGAAUGUUUUCAAAAUCAUUGAUGCAAGGUGGACGGAUCAACUUCAUCAACCUCUACAUGCAGCUGGACAUAUUUUGAACCCGAGGCUCUAUUAUAAAAAUAAUGAGAUGAAGACUUUAACUGAAGAAGUGUGGUUGGGAUAUCAUGCAUGUGUUGAGAGGAUGAUCCUAGAUAAAACUUUGCAAGACAAAAUAGGGGAUGAGCUUGGUGUGUACAUGAAAGUUGAUGGGCUACUUGGAAUUGAGUCGGCCAUUAGAGCUAGAACCUUAAGGUCACCAGUUGAAUGGUGGAUGCAAUAUGGUCAGAAUGUCCCAAACUUGCAACAAUUUGCUAUUAGAGUGCAAAGUUUAACUUAUAGCUCAUUCGGUUGCGAGAGAAAUUGGAGCAUGUAUGAACAUGUGAGAACCUAUAUUACGUUAUUACUAAAUUAAAUGGUAUCUUAAUUGUCCAAAGUCCUCCCAUUAAUUACUUUCUAUGAAUUCUACGCAGAUUCAUACUAAAAAGAGAAACAUGCUUGAGUUAA